AUGAAAAGUCAAUUUCGAAAGCUAAGUAUUGAUACAAGUAUAUCAGAUACUGCUUUGUUAGGAGAUCGAAAAAAAUAUAUAACGAAAGAAACUCUAAAAGUCAAGUUGCUUAGCAAAUCAAAUCAAAGAUACUUUUUCAAUUUUACAAUGGAGGAUGGAAUUGAGAAUGAGAAAUCAAUAGUGGAUAAGAACAAUGCUAAGCAAGAUGAUGAUGAUGCGCAAUAUAUUGAGUGUAUACGCCUAGUGGAAGGUGGUCAUCUUCGACGGUUUGAAAAUCUUGUGAAAUAUUUUGAUGUUGUUCAAUAUGAAUCAGACGACAAAGCAACGAAACCAUUGAUUUUCUAUGCUAUCGAACGUAACAAUGAUCCAUUUGUGAAAUUUUUACUUCAAAUGGAAAUUCCAUUGAAUAAAUCUUAUACAAAUUCAUCUUCAAGUAUGAAUAGAUCAGAUAUCGAUGUUUUUGUUUAUGCCAGCCGAAGUUAA